GCAAGGAAUCCUUGGAUAUGGUUGUAGUGGAAAGGGAACUCAGUCAAAAUCUAUACCAAUAUACAAGAGAAAUUCCAUCGUGUUCGUGUAUUGAAGUGACUUGGUCAAAACUCAUCAAAAUACUUGCAAAUUUAUCGGUUAAGCUAAAAAAAAACUUUGAAAACAUCAAUCCAGUAACACCCCCUUAGUGUUAUGUAACAAAUUGAUCUUUUAUUUUUCACGUACCUAAUAUAUAGUCCACCAUCGAUCUUUGCCGACUCUCCUCCGUCUCGCUCUCUUGUCCUUCCUCUGCAGAUAUUUGGAUUAAGAGUGUUCUAGGUUCGAAUGAGGGCCAAUUGUGUCCGUCGUCUGGCAUUGUGCUUUUUGGUUAUGGCCAUGCUUUCUCUAGGAGGAGCUUCUUCUGAAUAUGCUUACUCUAAUGGACAUAAGAAUCCAGAGGAGGUACCAGACCAAUGGGCCCCUCAUGUUUCUCAGAAGAUUAAUCUAGCUGUGAGAGGAGCAUCCGGUCAUGAUUACAAGUGGCUCAGCUCAGAUACGAGGAUUUUGGUUGUGUCAUUCUAUGGAGUUAUCCAGGCAAAGAGGCCUGGAAUAGCCACUCUGAAAGCUGUGUCGACUUUUGAUUCUCACAACUUUGAUGAGGUUAUGAUUGUUUCCGUAUGUCAACAUGUCUGCUUCCACAUGGAUGAUAUGGAGCCCAAACUGGACAAUGAUCAACUCGCGCCAAACCAUACAACGAUUGCAUGCAUGAACAUGAUUUUCCUAAUAAACUCUCUCGCUUUGGGAAUCUUUCUUAUAGUACACCAUUAUUGUUUUCGUCGUAUUGGCUAUGUAAAGCCUAUUAAUCGGUGUUUUAAAAAACAUGCAAGGCGAUUGUCUAUAAGACGCAGAAGCGCUUAACGACUAUAGAUCUGAUAACUAUCAUCUAGAGAUCUGAUAAUUAUCAUCUAGAAUCUAGAUAUUUGAAUUUGUUAUGUUUGUGAUUAACGAGUUAGGCUGUCUUAAGCGGUUCUACGUAACAUUUAGUAGUGUUAUUGACGAUCCUUUGAUUUUCAA